AUUAGAAUGCCAAUGUGCAGGACACGUAAACACGUUAGUUAAGUGUAGUUAUUUGAAACGAACGCGCAGAGCAAAAAGCAACAUUAUAUUCGCACAUAUAUGACAAAAUACAAUUGGAAUACAGUGAAAAGCAAGCGUGUACAAGAAGAAGCUGAAAAUAAGUUAAAUGAAAUUGCGAAAAAUUAGAAAAAAAGUGAAAAAUAUUUAGUUUACAAAAAUUAUAAGAAAAGCAACUAAAUAAUAAAAAACACAAAUUUUACGGGCGCGUCUUUACUUAACAACAAAAUUUUACAACAAACAAACGCAAAAAUUCACGUGAUGAACGCACAGCAAUCAGCAGCCGAGUAGCCGAAGUGUAUUGCCUAUUAUUUGGUAUCCACAAAUUGGAACUCUCAUAAAUGCCACGCCGCGAGUGUUGAGCAGCAAGCCACUUGCUACUUGCAACACACAACAAAUGAAAAUUUAUUAGCAUUUAAUUUGAUUUGUUUAAAUGUGUGUGUAUACUCGAUAACAUUGGUGUGGUAGAAAGCCAACGAAACGAACAAACACAAUUGAUUGUCAGCGGUCGACAGUGAGUGUAUAUAUUUCCGGAAGAAAAAAAGUAUACACAUGCCUUGUGGCAAGUUGUAAAUUUGGGAAUGUGUGUUUUUGUGCAAAAAUUUUACGAACUAAACGAACGCUUGUGUAUGCCGAAAAUAGCAAAAAUCUAACGGUCAAAGGACUAAAAGCAUACACGGCAGUGGCAGACGACUAAAGUACACGACACGAAGGCGUACAACGACGACGAAAUCUAAGCAAGUUUGCACGGUUUUGUACUGGCUUUUUGGUGCUUUUGUGGGCGAAUGAACGAGCGAGUGGCAAAGCCAAAAUUAAAGACGAAAAAUACUUCGAGAAAAAUUAAGCGAAAAAUACUUGUGUGGCAAGCGAACUUUAACGAAACGAAAAGCUGAGUGGAAAAUUAAUAAAGUUGUAUGUAAAAAAUUAAAAAAAAAUACAACAAAAAAAUAAAAAGUCAAUUUAAGCAAAUAAGCAGUAAAAUAUUUGAAAAAUUAACUGUUGCAAAAAUUAAAAAAAAAUAAAAAAAAAUUAAAUAUUGCAAUAAAAUAUAAAAAAAAAAUUAUAAAAUUUAUUGUAAAUUUACAGCAUUAAAUAAAAUAUAAAACACUCAAAAACGGUUUAACAAAACGCAUAAGGCAAAAAAAGUAAAAAAAAAUAUUAAUUUAAACACUAAAAACGGCAUGUUGCACGUAUGUGUUGCAAGCAGAAAUUGCAAAAAAUGCUUCAAUAAUGCAUAUUAAAGCAAAAGCUAUGCAAAUCGCGACUCUUUAAUUCACAAAAAACAUUAACACUACAAAGUGCAAGUGGCAAGUGCACCGUUAUGUGUGCAACAAAUUGUGUAUAGUCAACAAAAAAAGGAAAAAAAUAAACGCACAACAAUGCGCCAAACAACAAUUAAAAGCAUAACUGCAAGCAUUUGAGGCCAAAUUCAAAUCGAACGCAAAUACGCGCUUCAACAACAACAACAUUUCCACACACAAAAAAUCACAUCUACUUGCAACAUUCACUAUUUAUUUUUUCAAAUUGCACUGCACUUUUUAAUUAAAUUACUACAACACAAUGGCCAACUACUACUAUUUACAAAAACAACAAAGCGCACAAAAAUUCUACCAAAAUGCCACAUUAGUCAUCGUGCUGCUCGCGUUCAUAGCUGGCGGCAAUAUGCAACAGCAACAACAGUUGAUGCAACAAGCGCCUAGCUUGCAGCAGCAGCAACAACAGCAACAGCAAGCGACAACAAACACAAAACAGCAAUCGCAGCAGCAGCAAGUGCAACAUCAGCAACACUCGAACGCCAUUAUGGGCGAAGCGGGCGUUACCAAUUCACAGUUGCCACAACCGCCUACGGCGACACAUUAUGGCGGUGCCAAUCUGCAGCCGGGCAUGGCAGGCGGCAUGUUAGCCGGCUCGGCAGCGCAGGAUCCACGCUAUGACGCGCCCGAUGAUUGCCAUUUUUUACCCGCCGCUGGGCCGGAUAAUCCCGAGAUUGCGCUCACCUGCAAUCUGCGUACGGUCAAUAGUGAAUUCGAUACGACCAAUUUCAGUGUGAUACCCGCCGAACAUACGGUGGCAUUGCAUGUGCUGUGCAAUGAUGAAAUUAUGGCGAAGAGUUCGCUGGAGGCGCGCUCCUUUGCGCAUUUGGUGCGUCUGCAGGAGCUCUCCAUAGAGUACUGCAAGUUGGCCAAGUUCAAUCGGCAUGUGCUCGAAGGUUUGUCGCAGUUACGCAAUCUCACAGUGCGCACAAAUAACAUACUCUGGCCCACCAUUAAUUUCGACAUUGAGGCGGACGCAUUUGCGGUGGUCAAGAAUUUGGAACGUUUGGACUUGUCAUCGAAUAAUAUUUGGUCCUUGCCGGAUAAUAUCUUUUGUGCACUGAGUGGUUUGUCAUCGCUGAAUAUGAGCGAGAAUCGUUUGCAGGAUGUGAAUGAGUUGGGUUUUCGUGAACGUACACGUGAGCAGUCAGCUAACGCAGAGCACUCGACGGUCGCAACACCUGAGGUGUCCACGAAGCGUCAACAGUCCGCCAGCAGCGUCAAUAACACCAGCUGCAAUUUGGAUUUGGAGAUACUGGAUGUGUCGUACAAUCAUUUUGUGCUGCUGCCCGCUAACGGUUUCGGCACGCUACGCCGUUUGCGCGUGCUGCAAGUGAACAAUAAUGAGAUCUCUAUGAUUGCCGAUAAAGCUUUGAGUGGUCUCAAGAAUCUGCAGAUACUCAAUCUCAGUUCCAAUAAAAUUGUUGCCUUACCAUCAGAGCUCUUCACCGAGCAAGCUGGCACAAUACAGGAGGUAUACUUGCAAAACAACUCGAUUAGCGUGCUGUCACCGAAACUCUUCUCCAAUCUCGAUCAAUUGCAAGCGCUCGAUCUGUCGCACAAUCAGAUCACCUCGACUUGGAUCGAUCGCAGCACAUUUGUGGGGCUCAUUCGUCUGGUCUUACUCAAUUUGGCGCACAACAAGCUCACCAAAUUGGAACCGGAAAUUUUCACCGAUCUUUACACACUACAGAUCUUAAAUCUGCGUCACAAUCAAUUGGAGAAUAUCGCAGCCGAUACAUUUGCCCCUAUGAAUAAUCUACAUACACUGCUGCUCUCACAUAAUCGUCUCAAAUACUUGGAUGCCUAUGCGCUCAAUGGGCUCUAUGUACUGUCACUGCUCUCUUUGGACAAUAAUGCUUUGAUUGGCGUGCAUCCAGAAGCCUUCCGCAAUUGCAGUUCCCUACAGGAUCUCAAUUUGAAUGGCAAUCAAUUGAAGACGGUACCCUUAGCUUUGAGAAAUAUGCGUUUAUUGCGCACAGUGGAUUUAGGUGAGAAUAUGAUUACUGUGUUGGAGGAUAACGCCUUCAAAGGUUUGGGCAAUCUCUAUGGUCUGCGUUUGAUUGGCAACUUCUUGGAGAAUAUAACCAUGAACGCCUUCAAAGAUUUGCCUAGCUUGCAGAUACUCAAUCUCGCACGUAAUCGCAUUGCUGUGGUGGAGCCUGGCGCAUUUGAGAUGACCUCGAGCAUACAAGCGAUACGUUUGGAUGGCAAUGACUUAAGCGAAAUUAACGGUUUAUUCAGCAAUAUGCCUUCAUUGCUCUGGUUGAAUAUCUCGGACAAUCGUUUGGAGCACUUCGACUAUGCGCACGUACCAAAUACGCUACAAUGGUUGGAUCUGCAUAAAAAUCGUUUGGGUGAGCUCUCCAAUCGCUUCAGCCUGGAUACGCAAAUACGUUUGCAGACUUUGGAUGCGAGCUUCAAUCAGAUACAACGCAUUUCACCUUCCUCAAUACCGAACUCCAUUGAAUUGCUGUUCCUCAACGACAAUCUCAUACACAUCGUUGAUCCGGACACUUUCAUGCAUAAGUCCAAUUUGACACGCGUUGAUCUCUACGCCAAUCAGAUUAGCACGCUGGACAUCAAAUCGUUACGCAUUCUCCCAGUACAUGAGCUACGUUCGCUGCCUGAGUUCUACAUCGGCGGUAAUCCCUUCACCUGCGACUGUAAUAUCGACUGGCUGCAGAAGAUCAAUCACAUUAAAUCGCGGCAGUAUCCACGUAUUAUGGACUUGGAGACCAUUUACUGUAAGUUGCUGAAUAAUCGUGAACGCGCCUACAUACCACUCAUCGAUGCAGAGCCCAAGCAUUUCUUGUGUACUUACAAGACACACUGCUUUGCGGUCUGCCAUUGCUGUGAGUUCGACGCUUGUGACUGUGAGAUGACCUGUCCGACAAAUUGUACUUGCUUCCACGAUCAGACCUGGUCGACGAAUAUUGUGGAAUGCUCCGGCGCUGGCUACUCGCAAAUGCCACGUAAGGUGCCCAUGGACACCACUGAGCUGUACAUCGAUGGUAAUAACUUUGUCGAGCUAGCAGGCCAUACCUUUCUGGGACGCAAAAAUCUCGCUGUGCUCUACGUCAACAACUCCAAUGUGCAGUAUCUGCAUAAUACCACCUUCAGCGGUCUACGCAGACUAUUGGUGUUACAUCUCGAGGACAACCACAUCACCGAGGUACGUGGCGAUGAGUUCAACAAUCUGGAGAAUCUGCGUGAGCUCUACCUACAAAAUAACCGCAUAGCGACUGUUGGUAAUGGCAGUUUUCAGGCGCUGCGUAAGUUGGAGGUGCUCCGUCUCGACGGCAAUCGCCUGAUGCACUUUGAGGUCUGGCAACUUGCACUUAACCCGUACUUAGUGGAGAUUGGGCUCGCCGACAAUCAGUGGAGCUGCGAGUGCAGCUACUUGAUGCGUUUCCGCAGCUACCUCGCACAAACCGCCGAGAAGAUUGUCGAUGCAGCACGCGUCUCCUGUGUCUACAACAAUGCCACAAGCGUGUUGCGCGAAAAAAACGGUACGAAGUGUACGCUACGCGGCGAUGAGGUCACCACGUAUGCACAUGCCAGCGAAAUUGAACAUCUACUACCACUACUGCUGGUCGCCACAUGUGCCUUUGUCGGCUUCUUCGUGCUCAUCCUGGCCGUCUUCUGCUAUCGCCACGAGCUCAAGCUGUGGGCUCAUACAAAUUGUCUGCUCAACAUGUGUUAUACUGGCCGCAAUGCGCACGGUUUCGUCGAGUCGUUGGACAAGGAUCGUCUGUGCGACGCAUACUUUGCCUACAGCCUGCAGGAUGAGCACUUCGUUAAUCAAAUAUUGGCACAGACGCUGGAACAUGACAUUGGCUAUCGCUUGUGUUUGCAUUAUCGUGAUGUGAAUAUCAAUGCGUAUGUAACGGAUGCCAUUAUCGAGGCGGCGGAGAGCGCCAAGCAGUUUGUGGUCGUGUUAUCGAAGAAUUUCCUCUACAACGAAUGGACACGUUUCGAAUAUAAAUCAGCAUUGCAUGAGAUGGUGAAGCGACGCAAGCGUUUGGUCUUCAUUCUCUACGGUGAUUUGCCGCAACGCGACAUCGAUAUGGAUAUGCGUCAUUACUUGCGUACGAGCACCUGUCUGGAAUGGGACGAUAAGAAAUUCUGGCAGAAACUACGCAUCGCACUGCCGCACAUACGCAAGCGACCAAUGACCGCCAAUUGUCUGGCCACGCGCUCAGCCGUGAACAUUUACGCUUCAGCGCACGAAUACCAGCCCGCAGGCGGUAAUGGCACAGUUGGUGGUGGUGGGGUUGGACUGCCAAAUGGACAUCUCAGCGGUGCGGGCAUUGGCGUAGACAAGGCGCAUUACGCUGACUGCAACAACUAUGCGACCAUCAAUGACUGCGGCGUUGGUGCGCGCGGUUAUGCGCCAAUACCCACCGCCACUGCAGCCUGCAAAUUCAAUACGAUCAAUGAAAUCUCACAUAAAAUGCAUAAAAAUGAUUUCAACAUCGGCGGCGCCGGCAGCGGCAUGGGAUGCAUUGGACUCGGCGGUGGCGCCAAAACGCUCGACCAUCAUCAUCAUUUGCGCGCACAUCAGCAGCACGAGUACGCGGUGCCCGCUUACUUGGGCGCGUUGAGCAAUGGACAUGUGAGCGGCAAUGCGCCCACCUACGAUAGCGUCGACUACGCCAAGCAGAAGCUAAGCGCCAGUAACAAUUGCGACAACUGCACCGUGGGUACACAGAAACGCGUCACCAAAGGUGGUCUACAUCCCAGCUUCUCGUCGAACUUCACAGCGCCGCCUAAUGGCACACUCAGUGGCGCUUGCUACAACAGUUAUAACUGCAAGAAGCCGUGCAAUUGUGGCGCGCGCAAGCAUGCGUCUGCCGCCAGCGAUGAUGGCAUCAGCUGUCGCUGUGGCACGGCUAGCAGUAGCGCGACUAAAGAGCUGUCAGCUACAGCAGCGACGCCGUCGACGGCAGCAGCAGCCGCUGCAGCGCCUCCAUGCAGCGGCAGCAAUAGCAGCAACAAUAGCGACCGCAGCAGCAGCGUGACCAACAGCAGUAACAAUAGCACCAGCUCAGCGGGUAGCGGCAGUCGUCAACCAACCGAACAGCUAGCACACUACGAAUCGAGUUUAUCGCUGAACGAGAGCGCCGCACUGAAUGGCCCACUGUGGGCGUAACAACAACUGGAUUUAGGUGGCGGCAUUGCGGGCGGUAAGACGCGCAUGGCGGUCUGCUUGAAUGUGUAAGCGGUCGAGCCAUAAACCAUUUGCCUAGCAAACGAGCAAUGAAUGAAUUGUACGUAUUUUUAAGUGUGUAUGUCUGUGGGUGUGUGUCUGUAUUAGUAAGUGCUUAAAUUUGUGUGUGUCUGUGUUAGUAUAAGAAAUAUGUAGAGCGCGUCAAUGCGUCAGUGACAGACUGUGCAACCAGUGAAUUUAAUUAAACGACUGCAUGCACCACAUACAUAUAUAUGUGUAUAUGUAUAUGUAAGCAGGCAGUCAGGCAACUAGUAGUUCUUGUAUGUAGGCAGUGAAAGAGGGAAUUGUUAAGCACACUUGCCGUAGCACGCUUAGGCAGUGGCAUGUACUGAAGUAUGACACUUUGCAAUAUGUAAAAAGUUGCAGAUAAAAACAUAAACUUAACGAACUUAAACCACAACAAAACAAAAAAUAAAGUAAAACAACAACAACCACAAAACACACAAAGCAAACAAACAAACUACGUAAAAUUGCUAACUAGUUCUAGUUACUUAAAUUAUAAUUAUUAAAUUAAAACUUAAAUUAUUACCUAACAUCUAAGCACUUAGCAAAGCGAGGCAAGCAAACUGAAAACAGAAACAAAAAAUAAAAACAAAAAAUAAAUUGAAUAAUUUUCACUAGUAUUAGCAUUUACUAUAUAUAGCAGUUAAUAAGCGUGCUUGUGUGCGUGUGCUUGUGCGUGUUUAUUGUAUAUAUAUUUAUAUAUUUAAAGUUAAUUGAUUUCUUUUUGGACUUCAAAAUAGCAAAACGAUAAAGUUUGGAAAAUUUAAAUAUAAAAAAAAUUAAAAUUGUUAAAUAGACUGAUAAAAUUAGUUAUUACGUUUAAGUUUCUUAUAAAUAUUAAUUAUUAAAAAACAAA